CACUGCCAGCUGCCACCAUGCUGACCGCCGAUGACAAGAAGUUGAUCCAGCAGACCUGGGACAAGGUGUCAGGCCUGUCUCUUCAGCACUGACCGUCCCGCUCCGGCAGGUUGUUCAUCACCUACCCCCAGACCAAGACCUACUUCCCCCACUUCGACCUGACCCGUGGCUCCGACCAGGUCCGCAACCAUGGCAAGAAGGUGGUGAACGCCUUGACUAGUGCCGUCAAGAACAUGGACAACCUCAGCCAGGCCCUGUCUGAGCUCAGCAACCUCCACGCCUACAACCUGCGUGUCGACCCCGUCAACUUCAAGCUGCUGUCGCAGUGCUUCCAGGUGGUGCUGGCUGUGAACCUGGGCAAGGACUACACCCCUGAGGUGCACGCUGCCUUCGACAAGUUCCUGUCGGCCGUGGCUGCCGUGCUGGCUGAGAAGUACAGAUAAGCUGCCACCCGUGCCUGGAUGCCAUCAAUAAAGACUCUUUUGCCACA